AUGGUUUCUAUUCAGGAUUCAAGUCCGUCCUUCUUCGAAAAUGCGCAAAACAUACCCGUGGACGCAAUCUUCCAAGUCCAGAAAGAUUUCCUCGCGGAUUCCGAUCCCAAGAAAGUCAACCUUGGCCCAGGCGCCUAUCGGGAUGAAAAUGGAAAGCCAUGGAUUCUCCCCUCUGUCCAAAUGGCGACGACCCUUGUGGCAAAUUGUGGACAUGAGUAUCUUCCGAUUGCCGGAUCGCAAGUCUUGCGUGAAGAGGCCGUGAAAUUGGUGUUCAAUGGAACGAAACUAUAUAGUGAGGGCAGGAUUGCAUCAUGCCAGGCACUUUCUGGAACCGGCGCGCUAUACUUGGCAGGAAGUGUAUUGAGAAAAGUCGAUCCAACUCCAAAGGCUGUCUAUAUCACGAAUCCUACCUGGUCAAAUCACGACCUGCUCUUCAGUUCCCUGGGCUUUGAUGUCAAAUACUUGCCAUAUUAUAAGGAUAAAACCUUUGAUUUUGAGGGCUAUAUGAGCGGACUAGUAACAGCACCUGCGGGUUCUAUCAUCAUACUCCAUUCUUGCGCUCACAACCCCACGGGAUGUGAUCCUUCCAAAGAUGAAUGGAAAAAGAUUGCGUCGGUAAUCCAGGAGCGACAUUUGUUCCCAAUUUUCGAUUCAGCCUAUCUAGGUUUCAAUUCAGGUUCAGUCAAUGAGGAUGCCUGGGCAAUCAAGUAUUUUGUUGAUGAGCUGGGACUAGAGGCUUCAAUAUGUCUUUCAUUUGCCAAAAGCAUGGGACUCUACGGAGAACGAACCGGUCUAGUAACAUUUGUAACCAAAUCCCCCUCCCAGGUCCAGACAAUGAACUCAAUCCUCGAAAAUGGUCAACGAGCCACCGUCUCGACCCCUCCAAGAUAUGGAGCUGAAAUCGCCGCAGCCGUACUAAGCACGCCUGAGAUCUUAGAACAAUGGGGCAAAGACCUUAUCACAAUGUCCUCUCGCAUCAGAUCUAUGCGAGAAAAGCUUUACGAAGAGUUGGUGCGUCUAGAGACACCAGGGGAUUGGUCACAUAUUAUCAAACAAACUGGCAUGUUUGGCUUCACGGGCAUCAGUCCUGCUCAGAUCAACCACCUCCGAGCCAAACAUCACAUUUACAUGGCCGAUACCUCCAGAAUUUCCAUUGCGGGUUUGAACGACAGCAACUUUGAGUACGUUGCCGCCGCUAUCAACGACGCUGCCAGGAAUAUUUAUUAG